AUGCCAACUAUUCAUUCCUCCCAGAAUAAUCAUCCACUUCCUCUCAGCCCACCGGAGACCGAUCAAGAAUCUCUACCGGUUCAACUGCCACAGGCUUCUCUCGUCGCUGGCGCAGAGCUGGAACAGCUGGGGCAUUCUGCUUUGAGUUUUCCUGAGCGUUCUAGAUUCCAAUCUCGCAGGACGUCCACUCUGCCGUACCAGAACUCGGGAGGAGUGCGUGAAAACCGCGACCGAACCCCUUCACGGGCCUCAAAGUCCUUGAUCGUUGUUCUUCCUCCAUCAGACUUUCCUAUGGAUCAUGGUCAACUAGGCAACAUGUUGUCCAUGGGACCUCGUCACCGUAUAUCUCAAGGGAUCCUCAUGCCCCUAUUUCCUACGAUGUACGGGCAGCUCACUGCAAUCGCACGGGAGUUCAAUUUUCCGAGCACCGUAGGCUUGUGUCUCUACCAUCAUAUCACUGAAAAUGGUAUCACCAUGACGCCGCGCAUCUCUGACGAUGCCUGGCAGUACCUAUGGGCGCAUCUCAUCGAGUCACGUAACGGCUCCCAACAACUACCCAUCGGUGGUCGCGUAGAAUUUGAUAUUGAUCUCAACAAAGCCCGCUGGUUCGAUGCCUGGCUUGCCGGCACACUGCGCGACGACACCGUUGUUCCUGCUCCACAGUCCCAUGCAUCUAUACUGCACUUACGUGGAGAUAGUAAGACUACAUUUGCAGAGGAACACAUUGCGAAUGAAGACCGCUGGGAAAAUCAGACCAAUCAGUCGAACUCAAGGCCUACAGCUAUCCGCCAGGCACCCAAGAAACUCUCCCUCGUCGAUCGGCUAGAUUCCACUGCGCUCCAGGAUUCGUACAAAGCAUCGCAGGCAACUUCUCUACCUCUAAACCAUGUUGCGCAUCAACUGUCUCCCAUCCCACAGUCUGCGGUUCCGCAGGUGUCGAAAGCUGAGCUUCGUCGGCGUGUUAAUUCAUGGCGAGCGAGCGCAUCCUUAGAUCCUGCAUCAAUGACAGAGUCAUACCAGCCUAUCCCUGAUGCUACAUUGGGCGCUGCGGCGAUCCAGCCUACGGAUGAGUACCCCUUGGAGGUAGAGGCAGGAGCCCAAGAGCCCCUGAAUUUGGCAGACUAUGCCUGGUCCGUCACAUCCGCUGGGCCACUUAGUCCGCCUCUGGAUUCUCCAUCGUCUUCCUACCGUCUUCCCUCUGUUCAUCUUGAUCGUCGCAUACAGGAAUCUGUGCUGUUGACACCGAUUACAGCAACUAGUUGGGGACCUCUGGAUGAUGAUUGGCUUUCAGAUGUGUCAAGCAUCGCUCGUUUACCUUCGCCUGACAUUGGUAGACGUAUGCUUGAGAGCGCACCACUCACCCCCGCCACGGCCACUAGUUGGGGGCCUGCUGACGAUUGGCGGUCAGAUGUGUCCAGUGUUGAUCGCUUGCCGUCCCCAGACAUCGCUCACCGAAUACUGGAAGAUGCUUUAGCGAGUCCAGCCUCUGAAGGUCCAGUUUCCGAGGUUAGAAACGUAUCACCUGCAGAGGAGUCAUACAGCCCAUGGGCGAGCAUGUCUGCUUCAUUGUCUUCAUGGUUCGAUGUUUCAAAAGUGGCGACACUUCCAUCAACUACUUAUAAUCCUUGGGCUGGAAUGCCAUGGGUUCAAGUUUGGCCUUGGUCCGAACUUGAGAGUGCGGUGUCUGGGCUUUCUUAUAGCCCAUGGGCCAUCGUGCCUGCCAUCCGAGCAUGGCCUUGGUUCGAUAUUCACGCUUCCAAGGACAAUGGAGACCUAGAGUUGCAGCGAGGGUUGAAAUCUGAAUAUCCUAGUCUAGACAUAUACCCAGCUUCCUAUCCUUAUUUCGAUAUUUAUCCUGCUUGCGAGGUGAACAGCAGCCUCAGCAGCGCUAGAGGUUAUCCCAUACUUGAAAUUUAUCCUGCAGUUUAUCCUCAUUUUAACUUAUAUCCUUCGAUUGCAUGCUCAGUUAUUACUUCUGCUGAAAAGACGGCCGCCUCUCAACCAAAAAAAUCUGUCAUUGUGGAACUUGCUCCAGUUUACCCCCUAUUUAAUCUUUACCCGCCUCUUUACCCGUAUAACCUCAGUUCGAUUUAUCCGGCACCGGCCGUUGAAUUAUUUUCAUCUGUGGUGCUCCCCAGUAGCUAUCCGUGGUUGAUUAUAUAUCCUCCUGUUUACCCUCAUGUGAACCCGUAUCCACAAGUCAGUGCUGAGGUGGCUGGACCCCGGCGAGCAAAAGACGAGAUUGCGCAGCCCGUUCAAGUAAAACUUGGGCCACGAUAUCCUGUUUUCGAUAUCUAUCCUCAUGUAUACCCUCACUUCAAUUUGUAUCCCGCCCGCGCGGCAGAACCAGCGAGUUGGGAGGAGGAUAUAACCAACAACGAGCUUUUCGUUUCGAGUAACAUGUAUCCCUUCUUGGUCAUUUAUCCCGCUGUGUAUCCGCACUUCGAUCUGUAUCCUGCCCGUGCGGCAGAAUUAGCAAGUCGGGAGGAAGAGACGACCAGCGACAAGUGCUCCGUUCUAGAGUAUCCCUUCCUUGUCAUCUAUCCUGCCGUGUAUCCGCACUUCGAUCUGUAUCCCGCCCGCGCGGCAGAAUUAGCGAGUCGAGAGGCAGACAUAACUAACAGCAAGCCUUCCGUUUCGAGUAGCACGUACCCCUUCUUGGUCAUUUAUCCGUCUGUGUAUCCCUACUUCGAUCUUUAUCCUGGUAUCCUCUCGAGAGUUGAUGCUCCUGCUGCAAGCGGAAAAUCAACUGUUAGAAUGGACCACGGGUACCCAGUCUUGAAUAUCUACCCUGCUGUCUACCCGCACUUGGAUAUUUACCCCGCGCUUGGAAAGGUAGCGCAACCAUCUCAGAAGGUGACCAAUAUGUCAGUGCGCCCGUUAUCCGCGAAAAGGCGCAGGAAGGCACACGCCGAACUACACACCGAGGUGGCACAGUCACCUGGAUUUCUUGUGGCUAGGAGAAAGUCUGCAAAAACACACCAUCAGCUACAUGUAGAAGUUUUUGUCAACGGAGUCACUUGGACACCUAGCGGAUAUGUGCAAGACCUAGCACUUCCUGACAGACCACAUGAAGACUCCAAUCGUAGCUCGCGGCAUCGAAUGCACUCUGUGCAUGAAAUAAUACCUCGACUGUCACAUUCCCGCUCGGUAUCCCUCUCUAACCAGGAAUCGCCGACUAAUCCAUCGCUUCGAGAGAGACAACAACAUGUGUUGCAUAACGCUCCACCCAUCCCCCCUCUCCGCAUCAGCAGUCCAGGGGUGCCAGCUGUGUCGGAGUUCCCAAUUCCUGUAUCACCACCUCCAUCACCUCCAUCACGGUUGUCACAGGCCGUGAGAUCCUUUAGAUCGUCGAUCAUGCAGGGGCGCAAUUUGACAUCGACCUCAGAUAACCACAACGAGAGGGCGAAAUCUCCCACGAGGUCUAUGUUCACUUCCUUUGAUCGACGCAGCUCUAUGAUUCCACCACUAUCUCCUCAUGACCCAUCAGACCGCUUGGGACGCAGUCGUGUUCAACAGGGCCUUGUUUUGCAGAGGGCUAGGGCAUACGAACAAUCGACUUGUAUGUCAUUUUCUUUCUACGUUCGCUUGGAAUCAAAUCUGACCAUCGAAUUCAAAGCUUCAUCCAGGCAUCAUUCUCAAAGCGUGAAAGACACGCUGCCCUCACUGCUUCCCAUUCCUGAUUUUCCCCAUGCAAUAGAUCUGAGUUUGAAGGCUGACAUGGACAGGUCAAGUCUGUUAAAGAACGCCACUCCUUCAACCUCGUCUUGA